CUGGAUCAACCGAAAUGGGGAGUUGGUUCUCGAUGGCCAUAUCUGAUGGGUCCGGACGAUCCGAUGUUGAAGAAUUACACCCACCUGAUGACGCUCACAGCUAUUGCUCUUGGAGCGGAUCCUAAACUGGCCGAAAAAGAGAUGUACGAAGCGAUGGAGCUCGAGCUGAAAUUGGUGAAUUUCUCGGCAGACGAUAUGGUACGGCGGGAUCCUGAUCGAGGCAACAAUCGAUUUCAACUUUGGCAAUUGAAAUCUCAUUUUCCACUGAUUGAUUUCGAGCAAUAUGUGAGAACCGUAUUCAAAGGGCUGGCAAACGUGUCACCAAAUCAUACAGUAAUCAUACGUGAAAUUGAGUAUUUCACAGGAAUCCAGCACAUUCUGACUUCUACUCCAAAACGUGUGAUUGCAAACUACGUGGCAUGGAGGCUUGUUCAAGGGUUCUCUCCUUUUCUGCCUCCUACUGCACGAGAGCCAUUCUACCAGUUCAAAGCGAAUCAGACCGGCAUGUUCAAUAGUCCGCCACCGGAUAGGUGGGAAGAUUGUGUAACGUUGUCGGUGAUCAUGAUGGAUAUGCCUGUUGGAAAGCUGUUUGUCGAACAUUUUUUCGAACGUGAACGAGCUAUGGAGAAGAUGCAAGAACUGACGACCUUUCUGAAAGGUGAAUUCAUCAAACAACUUCAUGUACUUGACUGGAUGGAUGAGUCAACACGAAGGCGAGCCGUCGAAAAGGCUGGAAUGAUCGAGUACAAGAACGGGUUCCCGGAAGUGUUGUUUAACGACACCUGGAUGGACGAACACUGGGGCAUUGUACGUUUCUGUAGCUCUAUUUUCCCCGCCGGUAUCAUGCAAUUCCCGUUUCUCACACUAGGCGUUCCCAAUUAUAUUACGUAUGGAAUGGUAGGAGCCGUGAUUGGACAUGAAGUAUCGCAUGCAUUUGAUGAUCAAGGAGGUCGAUAUGAUGAACUCGGUAAUCUUAAUGAUUGGUGGGAUACAGAAACGGCAGAGAAGUUCACAGAAAAGACCAGAUGUUUUGUGAGACAAUAUAGUUCGGUAAAAGUGGCCGAAGCCGGUAUUCACCUCAACGGACAACUCAGCUUGGGUGAGAACAUUGCCGAUAAUGGUGGAGUGAAGACAGCUUUCAACGCAUACAAAGCUUGGCGUUCAAACACUUCCAUGGAGGAACCAGCCCUACCUGGCUUUCAGAAUUUCACCAGUGAGCAGAUGUUCUUCCUCGCCUAUGCCAAUAAUUGGUGUUCGGUAGUACGACCGAAGCACUAUGUGCAGAUUAUCAUGACCGAUGUACAUGCUCCAAGUAAAUACCGAGCAACGAUUCCGCUUCAAAAUCGUAUCGAAUUUGCCCAAGCAUUUAAUUGUGCUCGUGGUACACCAAUGAAUCCCGAAAAGAAAUGUCAGGUUUGGUAG